AUGGCGCGCAUAUACGCCAUUCAUAAGCCGGCUCUCAAAAACCAGUACACUAUUCAUGGUCCUAGCCGGGACACCAACAAAACGGAGGAAACCAAAUUCGCCAAGUUGCGUCCUGCACUGAACAAGAGCCCUUUUAUUGUCAUAUAUGAUGGCCCCGACGCCAAUUGCCCCGUCGCAGCCGUGUCUCACCUACCACCCUUUGCGCGACACUUUGCAAUUGGGCUGGGAGAUUCCACGGCGGCAGACAAGCAAGUCACAGACAUGGUCUGGGAAGAGCUCCAUAUGGCGCACUCGUCCGGAAAGAAGCACACUUGGGCGAUGGACGUGGCCGGCGACGGUAGUGGUGGUGGUGGUGGUGGUGGUGAUCGGCGCCGACGCCUUAGCCUAGUCUGGACGAGGACACGCAGCGUCACUGUCGAUGGGAUGACUCGGCCACCACUCAGCACGCGCAAUUGGAAGCUCACCGAAAUAUCAGCCGCAGGUGACCACGUCGGGCGAGAGGGAGACCAGCCAAUUCUGGCCGUCUUUACCACCACCACACAAAUGGGCAAAUGCGGCAACUUGCAAGUCAAUGUGGACUAUGGUCGGGAAUUUGACCUCAUGCUGUUCGUCACCUGCCUCUCGCUCUACUCUUCUGGGAGAUGA